AUGUGCCUCGCUUAAUCUUAUCGGAAAUGGAUAAAUAACAAGACGUAAUCCGUAACUGGUACUCAAGUAUUGCUAAUCUAGGUAAAGAAAAUAAACGACUCACCUUCAUUUCAUUAUUACUAGUAGAAAUCGGAAUUUAAUGAAAUGUGAUGUCAAGACCUUUCUCAGUACGAAUUUCAUCCAAAAGACGUCCGUGGUGAAAAUUAUAUUUGGCAUGCAAUUGUUAUUCAACUAUGACUUUUGAUGUGUUAGAAGAAAUAUUUUCUGUAAUCAAUUAAAAGUUAUCUGCAUUUACACCUGGAUGUAUUCUUAUUGGAACAGAGACACAUACAAACACAUCAUAUACACACAUUCAGAAGUAUUCAACGAAUCGUUUUCUGAUUAAGUGAAUUUUACAUUCCAUUUAGCCAGAGUAAAAGGUAUAUAUACACACACAGAAUUUCAAUGUUACAGAACGACACAAACCGAGUAAAAUGAAUGCGAAUCUUUUACAUUUGCUUUUAGCCAUUGUGUUUACUGCCAGUAUUACCGGCAUUCACGCUUAUCGUACAGGUGAUCUUGACAGACCUGUUAAUGAAAGUGACACAAACGCAGGAACAAACGCCUUCCAUUCAGAAACACUCUGUACAAUGUUUAUUACACUGAAAGAAAUAUAUGAAGGUAAUUGCAUGAACAACUCAAGUAUUACUGUUGGUGAAAAUGACGUGAACUCAGCAUUUCACCAGAUGUCCUUCGGCAGUCAUCCUGGUCAAAAUAAUGUCACCGAUAAUCAAUUCCAAAAACAGCGAAAAUGCUCAUUCAUAUAUGAAUUCUUUCAACCUCAUAUAAAUGACUGCAUGAACAACUCAAGUAUUAGAGAUCGUAGAUUCGAAAGUGGAAAUUAAUCGAAGGACAAGAAUAGCUUGGUAGCGUGAGAGCAUCAAUAAUUUGAUUUAUUAAGCAAAUUUAAUUGUUCGAAAAAUUUCUAGUGUUCAAUAUUAUUAAUAGACAGUAAUUACAAAUUUCAUGCAAUUGGUAACCUGUAUGAAUUUGAAUAAAGUCGAAAAAUUAUUGAGGUAGAAUGAUAUGAAUUCAUCAUAUUUCGUGUAUUCUUAUCAGUUGUAUACAACCAUAUGUGAAGCGAUGUGUAUAAGUGGAUGGCGACCCUUAGUGGAAUCUCGGUUGCAUUCUUCAUCCUAUUUGGGACUUGUCAUCUGGAUCUAACUGCAUCUUGUAGUUGAUGUUCACUCCGAGAGUGACUUCAAGAACGAUUGCGUGAUCCACUAACCUACCGAGUCUAGGUAGUCACUAGCCUGUUUAUUGGAGCGAGGUUUUAAUUCAUUUCGUAUUGUCCGUUUGAAAUUUAUCAUUGGUGUUUAGGACUGCAAUUGACCAGUUUCUUAUUGGCACAUGUACAUCCUCUGCUCACUACUUUGAUACUAGUUUAAGCCACAAGCAUUUUAAAGAGGGAUGAAUGGCGGCUAGAUUUGUCACUUUGAACUAUUUAAACUUCGUUUAAUUUAUCUAGGUCAUUUAUUCUCUGGAGAAUUGAUUUACUUUGAGUCACAAAGCGUAUGAAAACCCAAUUUGUUCUGAAUGCAUUCAAAUUAUAUAUAUGUACGAACUAGUCAUAUAUUUCUAAUAUAAAUCACUGCACUCAUCUUCUGUGUAGGAAAGCCGCCGUCGUUAGUUCAUUCUUUGCUGAGUAUGACUUCAAUCUCAAUAGGCAGAAAUAAUUUAAAUAUAAUAAAUUCUUACUUCAUUAUUUUUCAGAUUCCGUUACCUUCUUUGAUCAAUUAGUUUAGAUGUAGAAACACUGUUGAAUAAAAAUUAUAUCAAAAUCGUCAAGUAUUUUGUAUUCCAAAUACACGUUAACCUUAAUUCCGAAAUCAAUAUGAUAUAAUCUUACUUAUUUUUGGCAGUUAUUUGAACUUCAUACAAUGAUACGUAUGAAUGGCUGCAUAAUGUUAGUCACAGUACCCACACUGGCAUUCGGUUUCACAAAUUGUCAAUUUGCUGUUUUCGCUUCUGAAACCACAUCUAUCUAGAGGUCCAUCAUUCGAAUUGGAGAAUAAGAUAAGAUCGACAUACCAAGUGAUUAUC